AUGACGAGGACAAUACCAAACCGGCCGCUGCGCAUCCUCGUCGCGAACCGCGGCGAGAUCUCGCUCCGGCUCCAAGCGUCCAUCCUCGCGCUCGGCCAUGUCCCGCUGGGCAUCUACACGGCGCAUGAGACGGCACAUGCACCGCACCUGCUCCACUUGGACCGGGCACAGCGGCUGCUGAUCCCGGGCGACGGCGCACGCGCGUACCUCGACAUCCCGGCCCUCAUCGCCGUCGCGACAGAAGCCAAGGCCGACGCCGUCAUGCCGGGCUACGGCUUCCUGUCCGAGUCGCCCGAGUUUGCGCAGGCCGUCACCAACGCCGGCAUGGUGUGGAUCGGCCCCCGGCCAGAGACGCUCGCACUGUACGGCGACAAGUACGCCAGCAAGAAGUUUGCCGACGAGGCCGGCGUGCCGGUCCUCCCGUCGACCAGCUCGAACGCGAGCCUCGCCGAGAUCCAGGCGUUUGCAAAGGGCCUCCCGAAGGGGACCAAGGUGCUACUGAAAGCGCUUGAGGGUGGCGGCGGACGCGGUAUCCGCAUCGCGCAGACGGAUGCCGACAUUCCCGAGGCUUACGAGAGCUGCAAGCGCGAGGCGCUGGCCAGCUUUGGCAGCGACAAGGUGUUCGCCGAGCCGUUCUUGGUCGGCGCGAGGCAUAUUGAAGUCCAGAUCGUCGGCGACGGCAAGGGAGGCGUGCGGGGCGUCGGCGAGCGCGAGUGCAGCCUCCAACGGCGACACCAAAAGGUCAUCGAGCUGUGUCCCUCCCCGUCGCUGGUCAACCAGCCGGCCUUCCGUGCCGCCAUCAUCGAGGCCGCGCGCACCCUCGCGGCCAAGGGCAAGUUUCUGUCGCUCGCGACGUUCGAGUUCCUCGUGCUCGCCCCGACACCCGAGUCAAAGGGCUACUUCUACUUCCUGGAGUGCAACCCGCGCAUCCAGGUCGAGCACACGGUCACUGAGGAGGCGUACGGCGGCAUCGACCUGGCUGCAGCGCAGAUCCGCACCGCGCUUGGAGAGCCGCUCGACGCUGUGCUCCCCCCGAUUCCUGCAACGCCGCCCCACGCGGCACUGCAGCUCCGCGUCAACGCCGAGCGCUUCCUGCCUGACGCCAACGCUGUCGGCACAACCGGCACACUGACGUCCUUUGUUGUACCUUCCGGCCCCGGCGUCAGACUCGACACGGCGGCACACCCGCCCCUCGGGGGCGAGAUUGGCGCGUACAAGCAGGGCCUGGCGUUCGACUCGCUGCUCGCCAAGAUCACCGUCGUCGCGGCCGACUACCCUUCGACUGUGGCCAAGGCCCGCCGCGUGCUCGAGCACGUGCGUAUCGGCGGCGUCGGCACGAACCGCGCCCUCCUGGUCGCGCUGACCGAGUCGGACAAUGUCAUCCACAACCGCGGCGUGUCGACACGGUUCGUCGAGCAGAACUUUGACGCGCUGCACAAGCGCAUGGUCGAGCUCGAGAAGCAGUGGGCGGCGCAGGCUACGGCCGAGGGAGCUGGCAAGGACGCGGUCGAGCCGGGAUGGAGCGAGGCUGAUCUGCCUCCUGCGGCCGCUGGCCAGGCGUACAUCAAGACGCAUCUCCCCGGCCGGCUCGUCAGCCUCACGCUCAAGGAGGGCGCUGCAGUGCGCAAGGGCGACGCGGUUGCCAUCCUCGAGAGCAUGAAAAUGGAGCACACUGUGCGCUCAGAGGUGUCCGGUACCGUCGUGAGGCCGGUCGCGUCCGAGGGCGACAGCCUCGACGACGGCGCGGCCCUGGCGCUGAUCACGGUCGACGAGAAUGCCAACGACGACGACGGUGGCGCGGGCAAGGAAGAGGCCAUCGACCUCGACUUCAAGCCGCCCACGCUGGUCGAGCUCGAGUCGGUGCGGGCAGAGUACGACGACGACCACGCCGUGCGGCAGAAGGGCACGGGCAGGCGGCGUGCGCGUGGGUACCGUACUGCACGAGAGAACCUCAACCACCUCGUCGACUUUGGCUCGUUUACAGAGUACGGUGACCUGGCGCAGGCGGCGCAGGCAAGCCGCCUCAGCCCGGCCAACCUCGCUGCCACGCGCAACGACGGCGUCAUCGUCGGCUGGGGCAAGGUCAAUGGCUGGCGCACCGCCGCGUGUAUCUACGACUAUGCGGUGCUCGCGGGCACGCAGGGCCACUUCCACCACCUCAAGCUCGACAGGAUGUUCAAGAGCGUGCUGGACAACCCCGCCCCGCUCGUGCUGUACGCCGAGGGUGGCGGCGGCCGCCCGGGUGACGUCGACGUCACGGGCAUCGAGGUUGCCGGACUCAACACGCCAAGCUUUACCCUCCUCGCGCAUGUCAACGCGCGCGGUAUCCCGAUUGUCGGCAUCGCCAACGGUAACCUCUUCGCCGGCAACGCGGCGCUGCUGGGCUGCUCCGACUUUAUCAUCGCCACCGACGACCCUGGAACUUCCAUCGGCAUGGGUGGACCGGCCAUGAUCGAGGGCGGCGGUCUCGGCGUCCUCAAGCCCGAGGAAGUCGGCCCUGUGCGGACCACGCACCUGGCCAACGGCAACGUCGACAUCCUCGUCAAGGACGAGGCCGAGGCAACCGACCUCGCCAAGACGCUCAUCGCCAUCUUCCAGCCGCCGCUCCGCGCGCCGCAGGAAGGCCGGACAGCGUGGUACUCGCGCGACACGCGCCUGUUCCGACACGUGGUCCCGAUCGACCGCAAGCGCGCGUACGACAUCCACUCGGCGCUCGACCUGCUCAGCGACGACGGUACGCCGUUCUUGGAAGUCGGCAAGCACUGGGGCCAGUCGCUCAUCACGGGCUUUGUGCGUGUCAAGGGCGUCGCGGUCGGCGUGCUCGCGUCCAACGUCCUCUCGCCUCUCGGUGGCGCCGUCGACGCGCCGAGCGCACGUAAGGGUUCGCGCUUCCUCAACAUUCUGACCAAGACGCGCGCGGCUCACGUCAUCACGCUGUGCGACACGCCCGGCUUCAUGGUCGGCACCGCCGCCGAGAAGGAGGGCGGGCUGAAGGACUUCCCGGCAUUCUUUGCGGCCUGCGCCGCGUUCACCGACUCUGGCGGCCGCUUCUUCGGUCUGACAGUGCGCAAGGCGUACGGCCUCGGUGUGCAGGCGCUGCUCGGCGGCUCGACGCUCGUGCCCUUCCACUCGGCGGCGUGGCCUACGGGCGAGUUUGGUGGUAUGGGUAUCGAAGGCGCAGUCAAGCUCGGCUACAGCAAGGAGCUCGCGGCCGUCGCCGACCCCAAGAAGCGCGCCGAGCUCGAGAAGAAGUUUGUGGACGAGCUUUACGUCCGUGGUCGCGCAAUCAACAUGGCGCAGAAGACCGAGAUCGACACGGUCAUCGACCCCGCCGAGACGCGUGACUGGCUCGAGCGGUGUCUCGACAGCGUCGAGCCGCGCGUGGCCUGGUGGCUGGAGCGUAGGAGCAGGGGAGGCUGGUCGAGGUUGUAGGCAGACGCAGCAUGAAUAGAAGUUUAGCAAUUG